UAAAUUGCUGUCACUAGGUGACACUAGCUAACUAGCUAGCACUCUCAACACAUUUUGAUGCUAAUGGGGAUCACGUGACGUCACGAAUGACACGUGUAUUCAAGAUGGCGGCCGCGGCGAUGGAGACGUGGUUGGCCCUGCUGCUGUUGUCCAUGUUGCCUGGAGGGGUCCAGCCCUUUUACGUGCCUGGAGUUGCUCCUAUGAACUUCCACCAGAACAGUGCUGUAGAGAUUAAGGCCGUGAAGCUGACCAGCUCCAGGACUCAGCUUCCCUAUGAAUACUACUCCCUGCCCUUCUGUCAGCCUGAUAAAGUGGUCUACAAAGCAGAGAACCUGGGGGAGGUGUUACGUGGGGAUCGUAUUGUGAACACCCCCUACUCGGUACUCAUGACCCAGGACAGGAAGUGUAAGGUGGUUUGUGCCAAGCUGAAACUCAACGUGCAGCAAAGCAAGCUGGUGGCUGAGCGCAUCCAGGAAGAGUACUAUGUUCACCUCAUCGCAGACAACCUCCCAGUGGCCACGCGACUGGAGUUCUACCCCAACAAAGAGGCAGAGGAGGAGAAGGAUGUGGUGAAGGAUGUUCAGUUUGAACACGGCUACAGACUGGGCUUCACUGAGAGCAGCAAGUUCUACCUUCACAACCACCUGUCUUUCAUCAUCUACUACCACAAGGAGAAGCUGGAGGAGGAGGAAGAGCACAACUACAGAGUUGUACGUUUUGAGGUGGUUCCCCAGAGUGUGAAGGUGGAGGACCUGAAGGCUGAUAAGGGGUUGUGUACCCUGCCUGAGGCCACUAACUCAGCUCCUCAGGAGAUUGACCCCUCCAAGGAGAAUGAGGUUCUCUUCACCUACUCUGUCCGCUGGGAGGAGAGCCAGGUGAAGUGGGCAUCUCGCUGGGACACCUACCUGACCAUGAGUGACGUGCAGAUCCACUGGUUCUCCAUCGUCAACUCAGUGGUGGUGGUCUUCUUCCUCUCUGGGAUCCUCAGUAUGAUCAUCAUCAGGACCCUGAGGAAGGACAUUGCCAACUACAACAGAGAGGAUGACAUAGAGGACACCAUGGAGGAGUCGGGCUGGAAGAAUGUCCAUGGUGACGUGUUCAGACCUCCACAGUAUCCCAUGAUCCUCAGCUCUCUGCUGGGCUCUGGCAUACAGCUCUUCUGCAUGAUUCUCAUCGUCAUCUUCGUGGCCAUGUUGGGGAUGCUGUCUCCUUCCAGUAGAGGGGCCCUGAUGACCACUUCCUGCUUUCUGUUCAUGUUCAUGGGUGUGUUCGGUGGAUACUUCGCUGGCAGACUCUACCGCACCCUGAAAGGUCAUCGGUGGAAGAAGGGUGCUUUCUGUACGGCCACUCUGUACCCGGCUGUGGUCUUCUCCAUCUGCUUCGUCCUCAACUGUUUCAUCUGGGGAGAGCACUCUUCUGGAGCUGUCCCCUUCACCACCAUGCUGGCUCUACUCUGCAUGUGGUUCGGUAUCUCCAUGCCGCUGGUCUACUUGGGCUACUACUUUGGCUUCCGCAAGCAGCCGUACGAUAACCCCGUCCGCACCAAUCAGAUCCCUCGCCAGGUGCCUGAGCAGCGCUGGUACAUGAACAAGUUUGUGGGAAUUCUGAUGGCUGGGAUUCUACCGUUUGGUGCCAUGUUCAUUGAACUCUUCUUCAUUUUCAGUGCCAUCUGGGAGAACCAGUUCUACUACCUGUUUGGUUUCCUCUUCCUGGUGUUCAUCAUCCUGGUGGUGUCCUGCUCCCAGAUUAGUAUCGUCAUGGUCUACUUCCAGCUCUGUGCGGAGGACUACCGGUGGUGGUGGAGGACCUUCCUGGUAUCAGGGGGCUCAGCCUUCUACGUUCUUGUUUACGCCAUUUUCUACUUUGUCAACAAGCUGGACAUCGUGGAGUUUAUUCCUUCCCUGUUGUACUUUGGCUACACGGCUCUCAUGGUCCUGUCCUUCUGGCUCCUUACAGGGACCAUCGGUUUUUACGCAGCGUACAUGUUCAUACGGAAGAUCUACGCUGCCGUCAAAAUCGACUGAGUUUGUUUCUGCUGCUUUUCUUUAUUUUUUGUUGCCACAUUUUCUUGUUCGGUUUUAAUUUUUGUCUUCUUCGUGUCCAGCAAACACUGACUUCUGUGUAUGGAAGGAAGGAAGCAUGAGGUGGGUUUUGUGGAACAGUGCCACCCACAGGCAUAGGGAGAGAACAGCAAGAUGAUGCUGCCUGCUAGCUCGACGCUCCCCCCCUCCCUCCGUUAUUGGUGUCCACAGAGACAGAGUUCCUCUGGGACAGUCCAUGUUUUUCCUGUGGUUCACCUUGGACGCAACAUGGGCCAAAGCAUGUCAAUUGAAUUGAGUCUCUGUGUGUUUUAGUGUCUCUGCUUUUUUUGGAAGUUGGACAAUCAAUGAAGUGCAUUGGUUCAGAACUUCACUUCGUUUUAAAAUCAGUUCUCUGUAAAGAUGUUUUAGUCUGACCUAUGUCUCUGUUUCUUUCUCGCUCUCUCUGUCUUUCGGUCUCUCUGUGUCUGUCGGUCUCUGUGUGUGUGUGUCUCUCUGUCUGUGUGUUAGUUAGUAAGGUUAGUUUAUUUGAGUUUAUAAUCUUUAUUCCAGAUGGUUGGGAGGUCACAUGGUGGUAAUGGCACUAAAAAUUAUUUUGUUUAGUUUGGAAAUGGAAAUGUGACAUUGGAACAAGGAUAUUACAGUAUUCUGUUUUUAUUGCGGUUUCCAUGUCCUGAUGUGACCAUUUCAACCACAACUAAAAAAAUCAGAAUCUAAAUGUUUUUCCUGGAGAGAGAAAACAAUCUCUCACAUUGAGGUAACCGAUUGUGUAAAAGGAAAUUCUCCUCCGUGAUCAAUUAAUCUGAUGUUGCUAGGGAAGUCGAGGCUUAAGGUGGUUUUAAAUAUUAAAUGUUAUGGAACAAAAAAAAAAGUCAAUGUUGAUGGAAAAGUAGCAUUUCUCAUCUUCAAAUCACCUUUUCUAGUUUAUGAGCUUUAGCCUUAGGGAAAAACGACUUGUUUAAAAACGGUUGGACACCAUUACAUUACGAGUCAAUGUAAACAGCUCCAUGGUCUCACUGAACUAUGCAUUUUUUUUGAGGGGGGGGAGGGGUGAGAUUGAUGUUUUGUUUUGAACACCUAGUUCAGUGAGACACACCUGCUAUUCUAACAGAAGUUAUCGGUGUCGGGUUAUCCCUGAGCAUCAAUGUCUCUACAAGGAUCGCCUUAGCAACACAGAGUUCUGUCAAUGAGCCUCUGAAUGGAGCACAGUUGUUUCCCAUAAACAACCUCUAAAUUAAGGACGCUUGUGUUUCCCAUAAACAACAGGCCCAAUCA